UUGUAUAUAUACCACCAUCCCCUACAUCUCCCCGAAUUCGAUCCUUGCUUCUACUUCUACUGCUGCUCCUCUUUUUGAAAACCAGCACGGAAUUGAAAUUCGAAAGCAGCAUGGCUUCCUCUGGAGGCAGCUUGAACACUCCUGCUGCUGUGAACCCUCCUCUUCACCACCGCAGCAGCUCCUCGUCGAACGCACCUCACUCGCAGUACAUGGCCACUUCGUUUACCGAUCUUCUUACAAACCACGGGGAUGGCGGAGGAGGGGAGCGCACUGGUGCUUCUGCUGCUGCUUCUUCUUCUUCUUCCUUCAGUUGGGGUGGGAUCAAUUCUCAAGCACUGCUGGCCUCCUCCAACCACAAGAGCAUCGAAAUCCCCAAGUACAAGUCUUUCUCACCUGCUUCCUUACCGGUCUCCCCUCCCCCCGUCUCCCCUUCUUCCUACCUUUCGUUUCCCCCCACGUUGAGCCCUUCUGUCCUUCUUGAUUCUCCUGUUCUUUUCUCCUCCUCCAAUGUGCUUCCAUCCCCGACCACCGGUAGCUUUGCAGGCCUGUUCGCCAAGGAGGACGACGCCAAGUUUUCUGAUUUCUCUUUCCAAUCCCACACAAGACCUUCUUCAAAUUCUACUUCGGCCAUGUUCUCCUCGUCCUCGUCCUCUGCUGCUGCUGCUGGAUUCAAUUCGACGGAACCACCACCACCACCUCCACCAUUCAGAGGGCAACAAGAAGAUGGUGUGCCAUUUAUUAACAGCAGCAAGCCAGCGGAGUUCCCAACCGCAAAGCCGCCUUUCUCAAAAUCAGAAGCUGCUGCAGUAGAAAGUUUUUCUCAAAAACUUCAGCCCAGCCACAGCCAAAGCCAAAUGCAAUACGCUCCUCAACCGCCAUCACAAUACGUCAGGGAGCAGAGAAAAUCCGACGAUGGCUACAACUGGAGGAAGUACGGACAGAAGCAAGUUAAGGGGAGCGAGAAUCCUCGCAGCUAUUACAAAUGCACUUUCCCCAACUGUCCAACCAAGAAGAAAGUGGAACGGAACCUGGAGGGGCAUAUUACUGAGAUUGUGUACAAAGGAAGCCACAAUCAUCCAAAGCCCCAAUCCACUCGGAGAUCUUCCUCCAAUUCCAUGCAGAAUCCCUCUUACACUACUAGUUUGGGAAUGUCCAACCAGCCAAACUCGUUUAUUGACAAUGCUCAUCAGGUAGACUCUGGGUCCGCCGCGACCCCCGAAAAUUCAUCAACUUCCUUUGGGGAUGAUGAUUUUGAGCAGGGCUCCUCAAUGAGCAACUCUAGAGAAGAUGAUGAGAUUGAACCUGAGGCCAAAAGAUGGAAGGGGGACACUGAGAAUGAGGGCAUAUCAGCUUCUGGAAGUAGAACUGUUCGCGAGCCUAGAAUUGUUGUUCAAACCACAAGUGAUAUCGACAUCCUUGAUGAUGGUUACAGAUGGAGAAAGUAUGGGCAGAAAGUUGUAAAAGGCAACCCAAAUCCAAGGAGCUAUUACAAAUGCACAUACAAUGGCUGCCCUGUUAGGAAGCAUGUUGAACGAGCCUGCCACGAUUCAAGGGCCGUGAUCACCACAUAUGAAGGGAAGCACAACCAUGAUGUGCCCGCCGCACGUGGCAGUGGCAGUUACACCAUGAGCAGACCCCCAACAAUGAGCACGGCGAUCAAGCCCUCUGCUAUUACCAGCCAUUCCAACGGGAUGAAUUUCCCCAACCAGAACAGGCUGCAGCCAAUGCAAAACCAAACUCCAUACACCCUGCAGAUGCUGCCAAAUGCAGAUAGUUAUGCUUUUCCAGGAUUUGGAAACUCAGCCGGAGGCUAUAUGAAUCAGAUACAGCAAGCCAAGGAAGAACCCAAAGAUGACUCAUUUUUCAACUCAUUUCUGAACGGAAACUGAAACAAGCCCUGAAUCAAAUUCAGGCUACUGUCAAAUUUUUUGAUAGCUGCGUCUAACAAGAAAUUUGUGGUUGUGAUUUGUAAGUAGGCAAUCGUGAUCAUACAAUAGGGUGGGUUUAGUUAGGAGCAUUUUUUCAUCUCUUCUGGUGGCCAUUGAAAUUAGGCUAGACGGCAGCCUUGGAUCAGGUUUGCUUUUGCAACAGAAAAGUAGAAUAACGAAAUUGUGUUAGGAAAGGAGCUUUGGAUUCAUUUUCAUUUUUUUAUACACUUUCCAUUUUCAAUGUA